AUGGCUCCUGAUCCUCUCGUCUUCACCGAUGACUACCUUCGGGUGCGCGCUGUCCCGACUUGCCACACAUCUACCUUUGUCUGGUGCCACAGCAAAGGUCAGCGUGGAGGCGACUGGAAGUUUAUGGUCGAACCGCUACGAAAGCUCGGGCACUGCAACCACAUCGCAUUUAUCUUCCCGUAUCUCGAUUACAAUGAGACGAACAGUGAGAGCGGCAUCUCUAACAACGAGGCUUUGAUCCAGAAGAUUGUACAAGAGGAGAUUACCAAGGGCUGCGAUCCAGGCCGCAUUGCGGUCGGCGGAUACAAUGAGGGCCUGGAAGUUGCUCUGAGGGCGACUCUGGCUGACAACAACAAAAUUGGAGGUAUCCUGGGCAUUACAGACUCUCUAAACCUGACGGAUGAGGUCAACGUGCUCAGGAAAACUGCGAAUGCAAAAACUCCGGUGCUGUUUGUUGACCGUAUGCGGACAAAGGGCACUGGUUCCGAGAAGCUCAAAGCAAUCGAACAGCCAGUGACGGUUGUUGAUGGAAGCAAGCUUGUUUCGUCUGAUACUCAGCCCGUUACUCAAGAGGAACUUGAGCGCUUAGAUGUCUUUAUACAUGAAACCUUGCCGGUUGAGAUGGCCUGA